AUGAAAAUAGUCAAAGCUAAAGUAGUAUCACAGAAAAUUAAUUGUCGCCUCGAACCAGGAUUUCUCGGACUAUCAAUGUGUACUGAUAAGCUCCUUAAGAAAAUAGGUGGUAAAAUUAGCAGAAAAUUAACACUCGAAGAAAAAGAUAGCAAAUUUAUCAGAGAAGAAGCCACAGCUCCACUUGAAUUGGCCGUAAUCCCACUCACAUUUACAUCUAAUAUAAAAGAUAAUAUCCAUCUUAAUAAUAAAAAAUCUAUCACGAUUCCAACUGAAGUACUGGUUGAUAGAUAUAACUCUACAUUACCUAAUUAUAUAUUGCUUG